AUGCUUGAACACCACCUUCGUCCGGAUCGGAAGUUUUCUCUAACGAAUGCGCAGGGCGAGGCCACUUUGUCGGCGUUCUCGCUAACGCGCUCAGAGGAGACACUCUCGCGAAAGGGCGCCAUGUCCCCUGUGCGGGAUAACCAGCAGGCAACCGAGAGGCGGGAUCCUACCUCACCCCGCUCACUUAUUGGCAUAAGUGCGACAUACAAUAAGUCGGCCAUUCUAUUCCCCGAUGCACACAAGGCAGCCUUUGAACCCAAAGUGCAGGUGCCCUUUACUUACCAACGUGGCCGCAUUCCACGCAAGAUUGAAAUUGAGCGACGACGUAGGCAAUAUGAGUUCCACGAUGUUCAGGAGCUUGUGGAGGUGGCUGGGCUGACUUUGAAACAGCUCGCAAAGAAGGACAGCCAGGAGCUUCCGUUGGAGGUUUUUGACGACACCUCAUAUGAUUGUCGCAAUCCUUCCGAGUGGAUGGAAAUUGCGGGCCAGAAUGAAAAUGAAAACGGUCGUUAUUUGCCCGCGGAAGGGAUAUAUGAAUUUAUAAAUGAAGAUUUUCGUAUGCGGCCGUGUCGCGUCAUUGCCUGGGAUGCGGCUAAAAACGAGCUGAAAGUUCUAUGGGGCCCGACCCCCGUGCCAGGCGAGACGCCAGAUGUUGUGCCGCGUUUCUUUGUUCGUCUGCUUGCGGAGGAUCCCAUUGUCUACGUUAAGCGUCUGGUCAGUGCACAGCAGCAGCGGGAAAAGGCGAUGGCGUGGAUUCGGUAUCGUCUGUGCUGUGACGCCAUGCCACUAGAGGGGUUGAGUGGGCUGGAUAGCGGCCUUGGUGCGCGUUUGCGACACCUUGGUACCGGAAUGCCACAUCUAAGCAAGGCGGUCUUUCCAGACGUUGAGGAGCGGGCGGAGCGACUAAUUGCGGAGUUCACACUUGCGUGGAAGCGUAGCCAUAACCGGAUUCUUCUGCAGGAUCGCAUGGAGCGUGAUGAGGUACUGCUGCGUACGGUGGCGAAUGCAACGCAGAUGAGCCUAGAGGAGUUGGUGCGAGGACCGAAUAUGGCGAUUCAGCGGACUGACAAGGGGAAGGGGGAUUCUGUGAUUCCAAUUGGAAACUUUGAUUUUGAGGAGCGCGAGCGGUCCUUCACGUUUUCAACGUAUUACACGCAGCCUGAGGUUGUGACGGCAUUGACAGGGGUGCGGAGUGAAUGUAUAAAAGUUCUCGAGGGCAGUCUCUUUAAUCUUCCAAAGGCCCGCCAAAUGCAGCUGGCGAAGUUUCAACAGUUACAAGAGGAUCACAUGUCUUCCAUGGCGAAGUACCUCAAAGGGGAGUGGACAGAAAACAUUUGUGAUGUGAUCAGGAAAAGUUUCACAUCCGCCGGUAAGGGAUGGUUGAAUGUCCAUGAGUCGAAGCAGGAAAUCUAUGAGAUGUCCAAACUAAAAAAGUUUUUUACGACUGUCAAGUUUAUGAUGGAGGACACUUUGUUCGCGCUUGUUUACACCUCCUUACAGGACUUUACCGUUUUUUUUGAGGAGGUUUCGGAGUUCACUGUGAAUGUCAUUGACAUGAAUCAUGUGGAGAACAAAUGGCCCGGAAGUGACGCCGAUGACUGUGUGGAGAAGCAGCCACUUUUUAUGAUUGACCUCGCCGAGCGGGAUGGGAGUUUCACAUACUCCAUCUCCUUUGAGGACUUUGAGCAGACCAUUAUUCAACUCUUCAAUGAUGCGAUUUACUGCACCGACGCAAUUCCACAGGUGGAGAAGUUUGUCAUGUCACAGUACUUUUGGCGGCGUGAGGGGGAAGGGCCAUUUUUGGACUCCGUGAAGCAGGAAGAGGAACGUGUUGUUCUGCUGCGAAAUCGUGUGCGGGACGCACUGCGAAACUCCAUGCAACCCCUGCGGGAUUAUUUACAAGUGUACGAUGAUCUUCUUCCACUUAUACGGCUUGAUAAGAAGGAGUUUAUCACGUCCUAUGAGCAACAGGGGCACACAACGGAUGAAAUGAAGGAGGAAAUACGGCAACAUUUAAAGGCAAAAAAGGUUGUGGCACAGAAACUUCCAGCGUACAUCACAGUUGGCAACUACGUGGUCGACUGUCACUCAUUUGGGCAAAUUAUGGCAAAUAAGGAACAGGAACUCGCGAAGCUCGUCAUGGACCUCAUCUGCAAGAUGGCCAAAGCCAGGACCACAUAUAUUCGGGAAGAAUUUACGAAAAUUGUGCGUACCGUGGAAAAACAGCCGCAAAACCCCGAGAAAUUGUAUGAGCUUAAGAAUUUUAUUUUGAAUUUACCGGAGCGUAUCUCCGAGUUAUCCGUCGACAUUGAGGACAUGCGGCAGUAUUACAAUAUUCUCGACGGGUUUCAGUAUGAGUUGAGUGAUGAUGAAUCGCGGCAAAAAUGGGAGGCGAUUGCGUGGCCACGGCAGCUGAGUCUUCGUGUACAGGAGGUCAAUAAGCAGCUUGAGAAGGUGGAAGAGGAGCUACACGCACGGCUUCAGAAGUAUAGUGAGGAUUUCAGCAAAAAGGUGGAUGCAUUGCAGCGUGUUGUGGCGACCUUCUCAAAGUACACGGAUGCCUCCGAGGCUGAGAAGGUGGCGGCAGAGGUGAAGGUGAAUAGCAUUGAAAUCCGAAAGUGUAUUGAGGAGGCCCGCUCCAUCAACAGCGAUCAACGGCUCUUUGGUGAUAAGCUGACAGAUUACCGCAAUGUCUUUGAUUUGGAAAAAGAAUUCAAGCCAUACAGCGACUUGUGGUUGACGACAUACCAAUGGCAGGACUGCUAUCGUCGCUGGCACGCAGAUCCGUUCGACUCACUGGAUCCCGACGAGAUUGAGAGUGUGGUGGCGAAUGCCUUUAAAACGAUGACGCAACUUUCAAAGACAUUUAAGGAUAAAAAUGCCACGCUGAAAAUUGUGGAGGAAAUACGCUCGAGGGUGGAGGAGUUUAAGCCGUGGGUACCUGUGGUGACGUCAUUGCGUCAGCAUGGCAUGAAGGAGAGACAUUGGAAGGGUCUUUCGGAGAAGCUGAAUAUGAAUCUUGUACCGGGUGAGACCAUCAUACUGCUUGAUGACAUUGAACCACUACUGAACCACAAGGAUGUCAUUGUUGCCCACUGCGAGGUUGCUGCAAAGGAGGCACAGAUUGAGAAGUGUCUUAAAGAAAUGCGUGCCAAGUGGGAGACAAGAAUGUUUCUUAUUGAGUCAUACAAAAACACCGGUACGUUUAUUGUCAAGGACGCCUCCGAAAUUGUGGAGUUAUUGGAUGAGCACCUGAAUUUGACGCAGCAGUUACAAUUUUCUCCUUUUAAGGCAUUCUAUGAGGAGUCAAUAACAGACUGGGAACGAUCCUUAAAUCUCAUUUCUGAUAUUGUUGAGCAAUGGCUAGAAUGUCAACGCUCGUGGCGCUAUCUAGAGCCCAUCUUCAGCUCCGAGGAUAUCGCACUGCAGUUGCCACGUCUGUCUAGAUUGUUUGAGCGCGUGGAUAAGACAUGGCGCCGAAUUAUGGGAACUGUGAAUCACCAACCAAAUGUUUUGGAGUUUUGCAUUGGGACGAGCAAACUUCUUGAGAGUCUUCGUGAGUCAAAUCGCAUCCUAGAGGAGGUUCAACACGGCCUCAAUGAUUAUUUGGCCGAGAAGCGGCAAACCUUUCCACGGUUUUACUUUCUGUCUGAUGAGGAGCUGCUGGAGAUCCUCUCGCAAUCCAAGGAGGUGAAGCGUAUUGAUGCACACAUCAGUAAACUGUUUGAGUUUAUUAGCCGCUUGGCGUGGAACGAGAAGACUCAAAUAAGUGGCUUUUUUAGCGCAGAGGGGGAACACCUACCAAGUGUGCGGCCCGUCGUGCCGGAGGGAAAUGUGGAGAUGUGGUUGCAGUCGGUGGAAAAGAUGAUGAAAAGCGCGGUGCAUGACCAGCUGCGGCAGGCAUUUUAUGACCAUACCAAGACACCGCGAAGUCGAUGGGUUUUGCGCUGGCCUGCGCAGUGUGUCAUUGCUGUGUCGCAGAUAUUUUGGACCAACGGCUGCGAGGAAGGGUUGAAUGUUCAGGGAAGCGUUAAGAAAUUUUUUCGUCUGCUUGAAUCUCAGUUAGAUGAACUUGUGGACAUCAUACAGUCACCGCUUAAACCACGAGAGAGAAUCAAUAUGGGAGCUCUCAUCACCGUGGAAGUGCAUGCAAAGGACACCGUGGAGUUGAUGAAACGCAACGAAGUCAGUUCCAUUCACUCAUUUGAUUGGAUCAAACAAUUGCGUUUUUACUUUGAUCCAGACGAUGAGUUGUGUCACGUCAAGCAGGUGGACGCUCAUUUUGUGUAUGGUGGAGAAUAUCUUGGCAAUACAGGCCGCCUUGUCGUAACCCCACUUACGGAUCGCAUUUAUUUAACCCUCACAGGGGCAUUGGCGCUUUGUCUCGGUGGGGCCCCUGCAGGACCCGCGGGCACUGGUAAGACGGAGACAACAAAAGACUUGGCCAAGGCUCUUGCAAAACAGUGCGUUGUAUUUAACUGUCAAGAGGGUAUGACGUGUAACUCGAUGGCAAAGUUCUUCAAGGGCCUUGCAUGGGCUGGCGCGUGGGCCUGCUUUGAUGAGUUUAACCGUAUUGAUGUGGAGGUGCUCUCUGUUGUGGCUCAGCAAGUGACAGAUCUUCAACAGGCCUGCUUGACGAAGCAGUACCGCAUUAUAUUUGAGGAGAGUGAGGUGGUUGUGGAUCCCACGCAUGCCGUCUUCAUCACGAUGAACCCUGGCUACGCGGGACGUACGGAGUUGCCGGAUAACUUGAAAGUUCUUUUCCGCCCUGUGGCGUGCAUGGUGCCAGAUUACGCUCUUAUUGGUGAGAUUCGUCUGUUUUCAUACGGUUACAAGAAGGCUCGGAGUCUCGCACAGAAGAUGGUGAUGACAUUUAAGCUAAGCUCGGAACAGCUUUCCUCGCAGGAUCACUAUGACUUUGGUAUGCGUGCCGUGAAUACUGUCAUCUCAGCUGCGGGGUUAAACAAGCGAGAAAAUCCAAAUGAGGACGAAGAUUUAUUGUUGCUUCGGGCAUUGCGUGACUCCAAUGUGCCCAAGUUUCUCAUAGAUGAUAUUGUACUCUUUGAGGGAAUUAUUAGUGAUCUGUUUCCCGGUACAAAAGUUCCAUCUACAGAUUAUGGAAUGGUUGUGGAUGUACUUCGUCAAGUUGUCACGGCUGAUAAACUGCAACCCGUACCAACUUUCAUUAGUAAGUGUUUACAGCUUUACGAUAUCACAACGCUGCGUCAUGGAUUGAUGUUAGUGGGUCCCGCUGGAAGUGGAAAGACGAUGGCAUACACCUCAUUACAAAAGGCUCUGUCGGAGUGUGCGGUCAUGCAGAGUAAGCGGAAUGAUUUGGGCUCGAGAGAAUAUAUGAAGGUCUACACCCAUAUCUGUAACCCUAAAGCUGUCACGAUGGAUCAGUUAUAUGGAGUGUAUGACGAGAAUGGGGAGUGGAGGGAUGGUGUACUUUGCGUUCUCUUCCGCCGUGCCGCAAAGUACGGUGAUGAAGGGAAUCAAUUGGGUAAACAUUGGGUUAUGUUUGACGGCCCUGUUGAUGCCCUCUGGAUCGAGUCUAUGAACACCGUCUUGGACGAAAACAAGAAGCUCUGCCUUGUCUCGGGGGAAAUUAUUCAGAUGAGUCGAGACAUGACGAUGAUGUUUGAGGUGGAGGACCUUCUCGUCGCGUCUCCCGCCACCGUCUCACGUUGCGGUAUGAUUUACAUGGACCCCACGGCGUGUGUUCCCACUAGUGCCAUUGCUGCGACAUGGAAGGCGUCCCUUCCAGCAUUUAUGGUCUCCAAAAAUGAAUACCUUGCGGAACUGGCGAAUACAUACUUGGAUAAACUUGUCGAGUUUAUUCGGGCCAAUCUAAAAGAAUACGUGCCGUCAACAAACAUUGGUCUUGUUCACUCCUUCUUCCGUGUGAUGGACGGCUACAUCCAAUCCUUUGCCGUGCCCAAACCGCAGCCUGGACAACCCGUAAUGAGCCCAGAGCGUGCGGAGAUACUUGAAAAAUGCAUCACCCCAUUGUUUUUCAUGUCUGUCAUAUGGAGUCUUGGUGCCACGUGUGACGAGGGAAGUCGGGAGAAAUUUAGCGACAUGCUGCGCACCGUGGCUCAAGGGAACAAUCACGCCGAUUCUUUACCCGCCGAAGGCCUGGUCUAUGAUUACUGCUUUGUUUACUCCGCCGUACCGGAGGAUGAGGAGCAACCACGUUGGGUGCACUGGGAUGAUCUCUGUGAUACCUGCGAGAUUGGUCGGAUGACAAAAUUUGAGGACGUUAUGGUGCCCACGAUUGACAACACACGCCAAAAAUAUGUGCUGCAGCACUUGUUAACACAAAAGGUGAAUGUGGUAGCUGUUGGCCCGACGGGUACAGGGAAGACGGUCUCUGUGAGUGAUCUUGUACUUGGUGGGUUACCCGACCGGUUUCUUGGCCUCACCUUUACUUUCUCUCCACAGACAAAGGCUGGCGUGCUGCAGAACUCCCUCAUGUCCAAGUUUGACAAGCGUCGCUCACAUGUGUUUGGUGCUCCCAUUGGUAAACACUUUGUUGUAUUCAUUGAUGACGCGAAUUUACCUCAAAAGGAGCGUUAUGGUGCCCAGCCGCCAUUGGAGCUGCUGCGUCAAUUGUUGGGCCAUGGGGGUUUCUACAACUUUACAGGUGGAAUCCGAUGGAAUGCCAUCAUUGACACGUCAUUUGUCAUGGCGAUGGGGCCUCCUGGUGGCAGCCGUACACAAGUCUCAAACCGUCUCAUGCGCUACCUUAACUAUGUGUCGUUUCCCGAGAUGUCAGAGGUGUCAAAGCGCACCAUUUUGAACACCAUUCUUAAAGGGGGUCUUAGUCAACGUGGUGUGAAGAGUGAGGUCAUUGAUCUUUCCUCAAAGCUUGUUGAGGGGACGCUGAGUAUAUUUCGGCGUUGUUGCAAAACGUUCCUGCCGACGCCUUCCCAUGUUCAUUAUUCCUUCAACAUGCGUGAUGUGAUGCGGGUUUUUCCCAUGAUUUUUGAAAAUGACGGGAAUAGUUUGCCGAACGAAGAGGUGCUGGUGAAACAAUGGAUGCACGAGAUGCAGCGUGUUUUUUACGAUCGACUUAUCUGCGCAGAGGACAGGCAACAGUUUAUUUCCUUCCUUAAUGAUGAACUCACGCAGUUGGGCUACGAGGGUGGGUACACAUCGUUGGUUCCCGAGGGCAGACUUAUAUUUGGGGAUUUCAUGUCGGAAAGGGAGCGAUCCUACCGCCAAAUCAGUGAUAUGAACGCUCUCUCCAUUUUUUUUGAUGACCAGCUAAGCGCCUACCACGACGCCAACGAGACUGUGAUGGAUCUUGUAUUUAUUCUUGAUGCCAUUGAGCACGUGUGUCGCAUUUCCAGGGUCUUGUGUUUACCGAACGGU